AUGUCAAUUUUUGUCCUUUUCUUGAUUCCACUAUUUAACAAUAAUAAAAUAAAGUUAAAGAUUAAAAUUUUAUCCUAUAAAUCAUUAUUUAUACUGAAUAUCUAUUAAUAACUCUAUUAUACUUGACUUAAAGGACAACCAAUUGGAUACCCAUAUACUAAUUUAAAUAUUAUUUUUAUUACAACUGCAUAUUUCCUUUACUAUAUUUUUUUCAUUUAUUCUAAGGAAUUCUUUUGAUAUAAUUAUGAAAAAAGAUUUGUAGAAUUAAUGAACUUGAAUAAGUAUAUGUUUUGAAUACAUACUAUAGAAAUAAAAUUUUCUAUUAAUUUUUAUAAAUUAAAUAUUAUUAUUAUUUCUUCAACUAUAUAGAUAUAAAUUAAAUAAUAGGUUGAUAAUACUAAUAGUUCCAUUCAGCACAUAUAUAUUAAGUAAUCAUAGCCACGAAUUCGAGUCAAUACUCCACAAAUUAUUAUUAAACUAGUUAGGCUGAAUAUAUUAAUAGCUAAAAAUAAAGGACUUCAUAAUCUAACUCCGUAAAAUAUAAUUACUAAAAUUACCCUGACAAACAACAAAUUUAUAUAUUCUGACAAAAGAAUCAAAGUAAAUAAUCUUCUACAGUAUUCUAAAUUGAAUCCUGAGUACUAGUUCAGACUCUCCUUCAAUUAAAUCAAACGAUACUCGAUUUAAGUCAAUUAGAAUAAAGAAUCUAAUAUUGGUCUGGUAGAUAAUAAUUUUCAUUAAAUUAAAGUUUUCAAUUAUUAUUAUAAAAAUAAAUACAAUCAAGUAGACUGAUACUUCAAAUGAAAUUAUUUGAGAAAUUGUUCGUAUUAUUCUUAAUAUUGAAUAAUUAUUAAAUGAAAUUCAACUAAUAAUAAAAGAAUUGGAUAUACAUUCAGUCUUAUAAUAAAUAACAUAAAAAUUAUACUGUAAUCUAAUAUUUAAGUUGUUAUAUAUUCAAGGAUAAUUGAUUCAGAAAGCUGAAGAUAGAACAAAUAUUAUUAUAUAUCUAUUCUAUGAUAGAAUAUUUUCUUUGAAUUUAAGUAAAAUAAUUCCCUUGGACAGAAGUUUUAAUAUAUCUCUAAAACGUUGUGUUAAACCUUUGAAGGAUAUUUUACUUGGACCUUUAUCUGAAAAUUUUAAUCUCUAG